UUGCCGUCACCGUUGUUGUGCUCGCUCGGUUUGUUCGUCGGUUUUCAAUUGUCAAUGUCAAGUUAGCAAGCUGCGGAAUUCAUUAUAGUGGCACUAAACAAUAAACAAAAAUAAACUGUAUUCUGUAUCUAUCUUGCAAGUUUAAUAAAACCAGCGAAAUGGGUGAGCGAUACAAUAUUCAUAGUCAGCUUGAGCAUCUUCAGAGCAAAUACAUCGGUACAGGACACGCAGACACUACUAAAUACGAGUGGUUAACGAACCAGCACAGAGAUUCAUGCUGCAGUUACAUGGGUCACCCAGAUUUGUUGAGUUACUUUGCUAUCGUCGAAAACGAGUCAAAAGCUAGAGUUAAGUUCAAUCUAAUGGAGAGGAUGCUUCAACCUUGCGGUCCUCCCCCAGAAAAGCCUGAGGAUUAACAAUAUUUACGUUUUUAUUUGUAAGUUUUGUCUCUUGUAAGUGGUAUAAAAUAAUUACUUUUGUGUGAUACUGAUUUGAUUCCAUAAGUUCUCAAUAAAGUUAAAUACUCUAAA